GUUUCUUGCACGAUCUUGUUUCUUGCGCGGUUUAAUACCCUUGCGCGGCCAUAUCUCUUGUACGGUCUAACAUCCUUGCGCGGACCUGUACAGUACCCUUGCUUAGAGGGGUGUAAAAGCACAGAUUACCGGUACAUUAAAGGACAUAAAGUCUUGAUCAUUUAACGGAACAUCCGACCCCUCUACAGUCCUUUAUAAUCAAGCUCUCCACUCAUCAGUUUUGUCUGACAUUGCAGCAUCAUUACAAUGCGUUACUCAACAUUCGCUGUCUCUUUCGUCUUUGGCGCUCAGCUCGUCGCUGCCACUUCAGUCUCUCUAUCAACUGUUCCAAGUCUGAAUGGUGUCAGCGCAGAGGCUGUUGUGGAACUCCUAUCGUGGGACAACACAGAUGAUUUUUCAGCUGUCAACGCUACCCAGUGGGCCACUUUUCUAGACCAGCCCCACGAUGUCCUUGCAGCAUGGGACGACAAGACUACCCAUCGCAUGUUCUCUCUCCUCCACAGUGUACUAGACGUUGACACUGGACUGGAGAAACGAGCCGCAACUCCAGCUGAAGCCAAAAUUCAGAUUGCGACCAAGAAAACCCUUUAUGACAACGAGGUUACUACGGAUGAAAAGCAGGACAGCGAUGCAACAGUAUGCUUAAAGUCAGCUAUCUGCAUUGUGUGCAUCAGCGGAGCUGGAACCGCAGCGAUUGGUAGUAUCGCUGCAUGCGCAACAGCUGCUCUUGCAGCAGAAGUGUUCACUGCUCCAGAGACAGCUGGGCUCUCAACCGGACCUGUUAUUACAGCAUUCAUUGAAUGCGCUUCGAUUCCAAUCGCUUCGUUCCUCACAGCAGCUAUUGGGUGUUUAGAGGCGGUGAAGCACGCUAAAGGAAACAAUUAGGGCGUGGGCAAGAGCAAGGUCAAGGGCAAGGGCAAGGGAUUAUAUUUCGUAGCUGUCUAUUAAUUAAUGUAUUGGAA